AAUUUAGAAAAAGAAAAUAUAUAAAGGGUAUCUAAGUAAUUUGGAACAGGUGAUUUUUACAACUCCUGUAAGCAAGGUUGAGUUUGAUUUCAGAGAAAAACGGAAUAUGAUCCUUGCGGUGCUUUUUGCGAACGCCGAGGGCAACAUCCUCAUCGAACGUUUUCAUGGAGUUCCUGCAGAGGAGCGCCUACACUGGCGUUCUUUCUUGGUCAAACUAGGAGCUGAUAAUCUUAGGGGUGUAAAAAAUGAAGAACUCCUAGUUGCAUGCCACAAGUCAGUCUAUAUUGUAUACACAGUACUUGGAGAUGUCAGUAUAUACGUUGUGGGGAAGGACGCGUACGAUGAACUUGCUUUGUCGGAGGUUAUCUUUACAAUAACCUCAGCUGUAAAGGAUGUAUGUGGGAAGCCCCCAACUGAGCGCCGUUUCCUUGAUAAGUAUGGAAGAAUUUGCUUGUGUUUGGAUGAAAUUGUAUGGAAGGGAUAUCUGGAAAAUACGGAAAAAGAUAGAAUCAAGAGAUUGAUAAGGUUGAAACCUCCUACUGAGUUUUGAAUGAGAAAUUCUGAGGCAGUCAUUAUAGAAUCUGCAGUUUGAGUCGUGUGGUGAGCAUCUUGUGACAUAGAAUGGCAUGUAACCAAAGCCAGGCAAACCUCUUUGUAUGAUAUUUCGUUCUCUAGAAUGGUGCAGGCGAGGAUUUUGCUUGGCCCAUAAAUACUUGCAUUAACAUUUUCAUUUUUUUUUAAUGUUGUAACAUCUAUAUUGUUGAUUUUGUUCUACAUAAACCUUGCGCAAUGUGUUUAUUUUCACUCUUUUUUUGGUUUGCUCUUCUAA